AUGUGUAUGGUUAUAUUUGCUCCGAUUUUUGCCAUCUGCGCUUUUGCAACAUGUGGAGGAUACUAUGGUCACCUCCAGGUUAAAGUGGACUGUGCAGACAGGUGGCAGAGCAACCGCAGCAUCGACAUUGAUUUUGGCUAUCCUUUCAGAUUACAGGAAGUGCAUUUCAAGGCUCCGCUGUGUGAGGGAAAGAGGGAAGAGGUUAUUUUCCUGGAUGGUGACUUCUCCUCAGCUGCUCAGUUUUUCGUGACCGUGGGUGUUUUUGCUUUCCUGUACUCUCUGCUGGCAACCAUCGUCUAUGUCUUCUACCAGAACAAGUACCUGCAGAACAACAGAGGCCCGCUUCUGGAUUUUGUUGUUACAAUCCUCUUCUCCUUCAUGUGGCUGGUCAGCAGUUGCUGUUGGGUCAAAUCUCUUUCUGAUAUCAAGACGGCCACAAACCCAACACAAGUGCUUCUGCUCAUCGCAGCCUGCAGAGCUCAGGAGAACAGAUGUACGGCCACCCAGGAGCCUCUCUGGUCACGACUCAAUACAUCUGCGGUUUUUGGUUUCGUAAACGUCGUAGUCUGGGUUGGAAACAUUUGGUUCGUCUUCAAAGAGACAGGCUGGUACAAGACGGGUCAGAGAUAUCCGACCAGGAGUGCUUCUGGGAAACGCACCAGUGAAAUGCGACAGCGGCUAUACAGCGAGAGCAGCUUCGAGCAGCCGGAGGAGGGUUUCGGUCCACGGCCCUCCAGACAAGACAGUUUCAAUCUGCAGGUCAACAGACCAGGUAGCUUUAACCAGUCACAAGUAAGCCUGAGCUUACCGCACGCAUAUCUCGGCAAACCGGUAGUUCCUCAAGGCCCGAUGAUAUUUGUCAACGAGAUGUGAUUUUGCGUUUGGUAUAGUGCUGUACAUGGUGAACGAGAUGGGAACAUGAUUGUUAACUUAAGAUCAAAUGAAAACACUGGUAGCAUCUCUUUGGCAUAUGGUGUUGAUAACGCACUGUGUGCGUGUGUUUGGCCUGUAGGCAUUUUCAGUAUGUAAACAUGAUAUAUAUCAGCGUCUUCAGUGAAGUGUCAUGGCGCUCAUAGUGAAACAGGUUAUUCGAUAUGACUGUCAGUUUUUGAGCUGAGAGAGUAUAUUCGAUGAUAAGUGAUGAUUAUCUCCAUUCUAAUGGAAUAACCUCCCUGUGGACAUCAGACAGUCUUAUUCUGUCUCUCCCCUCCUACCCCAUUCAAAAUAAAAGCCCCAUAUGGUGACUAUGUCUUAACAGGAAGCUCAGGAUGUGGCUUGUUUUUCAAAAUAAAAGCCCCCAACACUCACUGUAUGUUAACAGGAAACUAGAGAUUUUCAAAAUUAAAGCCCCAGAAGGUAACUGUAUCUCAUCAGGGAACUCAGGAGUUUGUUUUUUUUCAAAAUAAAAGGCCCAUAGAGCAACUGCAUUUUAACAGGAAGCUCGGGAUGUGGGAUGUGCAGGUAAACUGUCAAAAUUAUCAUUAUUAUGGCUGUCAGAGUUAAAGCGACAACGCGUAAGCGCAAAUUCUUUUUAAAUCCACUAAUUUCUUUAAUGCAUUAACAUAACUUGGGAUUUAUAGGUUGUUGCGGGCUCAGUGUUAAAGCUAGAGUGAAGAUACAUACUGGUAUCAUAUGAAACUAAAGAA